UCGUGUUAUGUAUGUAGGUUGUGUUCUUCCGCCGGUCCGCCAACCCACCAACUUUCAACGUUAACUUUGGACCGCCUCCGGAGUCGCACUGCUCUACUCCUUAUAAUUACACGCGACCUCAGAUUCAACUUCCAGGGUGCAAGCGACAAGGUUCUUGGAGGGGUGAUGUUGCUAGCUGCUGGUUUCGUGUUCACGUACUACACGACAUGGGCCAUCUUACUCCCCUUCUUUGACGCAUCCAGCCCCAUACACAACUAUUUUCCUGCACGCGAAUGGGCAAUACGGCUGCCCGCAUUUGUGCUCGUGGUUGGACUUUCGGGUAUCGGUUUCUUCGUUGGCUACACAAUCAUGAAGGAGAAUAGAAAGAAGGCACAAAAAGCGAAACUCAGGGCAGCUUGACACCGAGAUAUGCAUAUCCGCCGCCUCUCCUUUUGUCGACCAUUCCUCAGAUUCAUUAAUUUCCUGCACCCUGGAAUCUAUUGCGAAACUGAUAUUAUAUGAGGCUACGUAGGAAUCCGCAUGUCCCUUCUGCGUUCCACUGGCCGCUGCACGCUUUCCAACAUUCGCAACUUCUCUGCAUUUUCAACAUCCUGCUUUGCUUGAGUAAUGACCGCACUCGGUAGCAAUUCUGGCAAGAGAUCUCCAUCUAAAGCCCGGGACAGCU